UCCGCAGGCUCCUCCGGAAGCUCAGUAGCACGCGCCGUUGCGAUCAGGAGAGAGCUUGCCCCCCCCCGUUGGAGGGGGAAUGGUAUGACCCGCCCGCUUCUGCGCAGGCCUAGAGGACAAUGCCAUGAGGAGCAGUAAGAGGGGGUACAAGAUUUCCCCCUAAUGAAAGAGUAUGGCAGGACUCCUGGCCCCGUCCUGGCGCAGCCUGAGGAUGGAGCUGGGGGCUGAGCCGGGCCCCCCGCGCUGCGGGGACACCGACACCCUGAGAGAUGAUGGCACAGGCACGAUGGAGAUCAAGAUGGAUGCGGCUGGUGGACUGUGCCAGACGAAGCCCCCCCGGCAGCUCCACAUGUGCCCAGACUGCGGGAAGGCUUUCGGGCAGAGCUCGCACCUGGCCCAGCACCAGCGCCUGCACACGGGUGAGAGGCCCUAUGCCUGCGGGGACUGCGGGCGCCGCUUCGCCGCCAGCUCCAACUACCUGACGCACCGGCGUGUGCACACGGGCGAGAAGCCCUAUGACUGCGGGGACUGCGGGCGCAGCUUCCGCGUCAGCUCCACCCUGGCCCGCCACCGCCGCCUACACACGGGUGAGAGGCCCUACAGCUGCGGGGACUGUGGGCGCCGCUUCUCCCAGAGCUCGUCUCUGGCCAAGCACCGGCGCCUGCACACAGGUGAGAGGCCCUACGCCUGCCCUGACUGCCAGGAGGCCUUCGCAGCUGCCGCCGCACUGAAAGCUCACCGCAGCCGGCGCCACGUGGGCGACCGCCCCUUCCCCUGCCCCGAUUGUGGCCGGGGCUUCCGGCGCAGCUCCGACCUGGUGCAGCACCAGCGCGGCCACUCUGGGGAGCGCCCAUACCAUUGCCUGCACUGCAAUGCCACCUUCGGCCUGGCUUCUACCCUUGUCACCCACUUGCGGGGGCACACAGGCGAGCGCCCCUACCGCUGCCCCCGGUGCGGCGCCACCUUCACCCGCAGCUCCACCCUCGCCCGGCACUGCCGCGGGCAUCGGGAUGGGACCGAGACGGGAGCAGGAGCUGGGACAGAGGUGGGGAAGCAGAGAAAUGAGCUGGGCCAGGAGAAAGUGGGUCUGGACCAGGUCAUAGAACCAGAAAGGGAAAGCCAGGGCUCAGGGAUGGAGGGGUGUCACCAGGGCACAGACCCAGGGGGGCAGAACCAGGGCACAGAGCUGAAGAAACAGAGUGAGGAGAGUGAGUCGAGCACGGUGCCAGAGGAGCCAGGGGCAGAACAGCAGGGUCAGCAGCAGUGCGUAGAGCAGGAGAGGGUGGAAGGGCCCCAUCCGAGCCAGCCACUCCCAUCCGGGGCUGCUGCUGAACAGCCAUACCUGUGCCCAGUGUGUGGGAAGCACUUCUCACGGCGCUCCAACCUGCUGGCACACCAGCGCAUCCACGCAGGUGAUAAGCCCUUCCGGUGCCCUGAGUGCGGACGUGGGUUCCUGCGCGGCUCCAACCUGCGCACGCACCGGCGCCUGCACACAGGCGAGCGCCCGUAUCCCUGCCCAGACUGCGGCAAGCGCUUUGGGGACACCUCAGUGCUGGUGAAGCACCAGCGCAUCCACACGGGCGAGCGCCCCCACCGCUGCCCCGACUGCCCUCGGCGCUUCAGCCAGGCUUCAGACCUGGGCGCCCACCGCCACGUGCACACUGGGGAGAAGCCCUAUGUGUGCCCUGACUGUGGGCGCGGCUUCUCCCGUAGCUCCAACCUGCUCACCCACCGGCGCCUGCACCGCGGCGAGCGCCCCUACCCCUGCCCGGACUGCGGGAAGCGCUUUGCCCAGAGCUCUGACCUGCUGCAGCAUGGGCGCGUGCACACAGGCGAGAAGCCCUACCCCUGCCCGCAGUGCGGCAAGGCCUUCAGCAAAGGCUCCACACUGGCCGGGCAUCGGCGCAUCCACACGGGCGAGAAGCCCUUUGCCUGCACCACCUGCCCCAAGCGCUUCCGCCACAGCUCCCAUCUCACUGCCCACCUCCGUGUGCAUGCCCGCCAGCGCCCACUCUGAGCCAGCCCUGGCCCCCACCAGCUACUCAUGGAGCAGUGCUGACACCAGGGGAACCAGAAUGACAUUCCUGUGAGCUGUGCUACCACCAGGGGGUGCUGGAAUGACAUCACCAAGAGCUGUGAUGUCAUUACAGGGUGCUAGAUUAACAUUGCUAUGAGCUGUGUUGCCAUCAGGAGUGGCGAGAAUGACACCGUGAGCUGUGCUGGCACCAGAGAGCAGCAGGAUUAGAUUACUAUGGGCUGUGAUGUCACCAGAGAGUGCUAGAAUGAUGUCACCGUAAACUAUGACAACAGCAGGAGCUUUGGAAUGACAUUGCCAUGAGCUGUGUUACCACAAGGGGGCACUAGAAUGAUGCUGUUGGGAGCUAUGAUGUCACCUGGGGCACCAGAAUGACACCCCACCAUGAGCUGUGCUACUACCAGAGGGUGCCAGAAUGACAUCACUAUGAACUUUGAUGUCACCAACGGGUGCUGGAAUGAUAUGAUGAGAGCUGUGCUGGCACCAGUCUGCUGUGGAAUGACAUCUGAAUGAGCUGUGAUGUCACCAGGGGCUUUGGAAUGGUGCCACCAUGAGCUGUGCUGCCACCAGGAAGCACCAGAGUAAUGCUGCUGGGAGCUGUGAUGUCACCAGGAGGCUUUGGAAUGAUGUUACCCUGAGCUGUGAGAUCACCAGGGUACCUGAAGGACACCACUGGGAGUGGCUUUUGGGAGCCAUGUGACCACCAGGGGGACACUAGAGGGAUACACCCACUUCUACCACCCCCUGAAAUAGCUGCUGUGAGUCUUGGCAACGGAGGGUGGGCUGGAGGGGUGGCCUUACCCCCCUGUCCCAGGGAGUGGUGGGAUUGGCUUAGAGCAAGGGAUGGGGUUGGGACAUAGGGCUCCUGGGUCCUCUCCUCAGCUCCAGGGGAGUAGUGGGGUUAGGGGAAGAGAGGGCAGGGUGGCAGGGCUGAGCACCAGGACACGGGUACUUCCUGGGACUCUAUUCUUGACACGUGUCCUGGCUCUUGGGCCUGAUACUCUUGCACAUCCCACCAUCCCCAAGAACUAGGGCCCUGACAUAGGCUCUGUUCCCACUCUUAGCCCUCCCCACCAGCCCUGAGUAUCGCCGAUACCUGCACAAGCUGUAGCAAGGCCUGUUUCCCCACCAAAGCAGGUGCAAUGGGUCAGGGGGCAGGAACCCUCAGAUCUCAUUUCCAGCGGCCCCAGGAAGGUCGGAAAAUUUGAUGCCCCUUGCCUGAGUCUGCUGAGAGGCAGAAGCCCCUGCUUACUGCAGUACAGACCCAGGUGCCAAGCAGAGGGAGAAGUGGGGGGGG